AUGGGUCCAGAUGCCCCUAAUCCAUUUUUUGGCAGUCUUCUUUGGCAAAAAAUAAAAACACUGUUUGCACAAUUAGCUGAUAAAGUUCAUAGUUUAAUAGAAGACGUAGACAGCAAUGUUGUGGAAAGAUUCAACGGAGUCAUAGCAAAGCUCGUGGGUGGUAAGAGAAUAAAUUAUUCACUAAGACGUUCAUAUCAAGCAAGAUGUUCGGGAGCUGUGAUCUCAUUCAAUACCGGUAACUUUUUAUCGACUGUCCAUCGACAUAUAUAUGGAAACAGCCCCAAGCGGUCCAUUAAAAAGCUUGAAAAAGCAACAGAAAACAAAAGACUUCAGGCCAAACAUGACAAAAGAAAAAAAAAUCGUAUCUUGAUACCAAGAACGCUAAAUUUGGAUUAUGGAGAAGUGGUAGAUAAACCAGAUUUAGACGAAGAUACUUUCAAAAAAGCUCAAUGUACUUUUGUCCAAUUUGACAAAAACCGACGAAGAACGAAAAGACAUUGA